ACCGUGACCAUUCCAGAUCAAGGAGAGAACUCAUAGCUCUCUCCGCCAGCGUAUACACACAACCAAUCCACACCAAAGCUCGCACGCAGAGCUUGAUUCCUUCUUAAUCUCAGACGCUUUCUUGUACGUUUGAUGCACUGAUCAGAUCCGAGUGAUUUGGUGAUUGGAGAAGAAGAUGUUGACGAAGUUUGAGACGAAGAGUAAUAGAGUCAAGGGACUGAGUUUCCAUAGUAAGAGGCCAUGGAUCCUGGCGAGUCUUCACAGUGGCGUGAUCCAGCUAUGGGACUACCGAAUGGGAACUCUGAUCGACAGAUUCGACGAGCACGAUGGCCCUGUUCGUGGUGUUCAUUUUCACAAGUCGCAGCCGCUUUUCGUCUCUGGAGGGGAUGACUACCAGAUCAAAGUUUGGAAUUACAAGGAGCAUAGGUGUCUCUUCACCCUUCUUGGACACCUCGAUUACAUCCGCACCGUGCAGUUUCAUCAUGAGUGUCCAUGGAUUGUGAGUGCCAGUGAUGAUCAGACUAUUCGGUUAUGGAACUGGCAGUCACGCACAUGCAUUGCAGUGAUAACCGGUCACAAUCAUUAUGUUAUGUGUGCCUCUUUCCAUCCUAAAGAAGACCUCGUUGUGUCAGCCUCUCUUGAUCAGACCAUUCGGGUUUGGGAUAUUGGUGCCUUGAGAAAGAGGACUGUGUCCCCUGCAGAAGGGUUAAGUCAGAUGAACAAUGAUCUUUUUGGCAGCAUUGACGUUGUUGUUAAAUAUGUAUUAGAAGGUCAUGAUCGAGGAGUCAACUGGGCUUCAUUUCAUCCGACAUUACCUUUGCUUGUAUCAGGAGCAGAUGAUCGCCAAGUGAAGUUAUGGAGGAUGAAUGAGACCAAGGCUUGGGAAGUGGACACACUAAGAGGGCACAUGAAUAACGUGUCAUGUGUUAUGUUUCAUGCCAAACAGGACAUAAUUGUAUCCAAUUCUGAGGACAAAAGUAUUCGUGUGUGGGAUGUAACAAAGCGAACUGGAAUUCAAACUUUCCGCCGAGAACAUGACAGAUUCUGGAUUCUCGCUGCUCACCCUGAGAUGAAUCUUUUGGCAGCAGGUCAUGACAGUGGCAUGAUUGUCUUUAAGUUGGAGAGAGAGAGGCCUGCUUUUGCGGUGAGUGGGGAUUCUCUGUUCUACUGCAGGGAUCGCUUUUUGCGGUUUUAUGAGAUUUCCACUCAAAGAGACAGCCAAGUAAUUCCAAUUCGAAGGCCUGGUUCCACAAGCCUGAAUCAAAGUCCAAGGUCUCUUUCAUACAGUCCAACAGAAACUGCUGUUUUAAUCUGUUCAGAUGUGGAUGGUGGAUCUUAUGAGUUGUAUGUCAUACCAAAAGACAGCAUUGGUAAGGGUGACAGUAUGCUAGAGGCAAAGAGAGGCCUUGGGACCUCUGCCAUCUUUAUUGCUCGUAAUAGGUUUGCUGUACUUGACAAAAGCAACAACCAAGUACUGGUUAAGAAUCUAAAGAAUGAGGUUGUUAAAAAAAGUGGCCUACCUAUUCCUACAGAUGCAAUAUUUUAUGCCGGAACUGGUAACCUGCUGUGCUGGUCUGAGGAUAGAGUGGUUAUAUUUGAUCUUCAGCAGAGGCUUCUUCUGGGGGAUCUCCAAACUCCUUUUGUCAAGUAUGUUGUUUGGUCUAAUGACAUGGAGACUGUUGCCUUGCUCAGCAAACAUGCCAUUAUCAUCGCUAGUAAGAAGCUUGUGCACCAAUGCACACUUCAUGAGACAAUCCGUAUAAAGAGUGGGGCCUGGGAUGAAAAUGGUGUUUUCAUUUACACAACUCUGAAUCAUAUCAAGUACUGCCUCCCCAAUGGAGAUAGUGGGAUAAUUAGAACACUUGAUGUACCUAUAUACAUGACAAAGGUUUCUGGGGAUACCAUCUUUUGCUUGGAUCGGGAUGGAAAGAAUAGAGCUAUCAUUAUCGAUGCAACAGAAUACAUUUUCAAGCUUUCUUUGUUUCGGAAGAGAUAUGAUCAUGUUAUGAGCAUGAUAAGAAACUCACAGCUUUGUGGUCAGGCAAUGAUUGCUUAUCUGCAACAGAAGGGGUUCCCUGAAGUUGCUCUUCAUUUUGUUAAAGACGAGAGAACUCGCUUUAAUUUGGCUCUGGAGAGUGGAAACAUUCAAAUUGCAGUUGCCUCAGCUAAGGUGAUUGAUGAGAAAGAUCACUGGUACAGGUUGGGUGUGGAAUCUCUUCGUCAGGGCAAUGCUGGUAUAGUGGAAUAUGCCUAUCAGAGGACAAAAAAUUUUGAGAGGUUAUCUUUCCUUUAUCUAAUAACUGGAAAUAUAGAGAAGCUCUCGAAGAUGUUAAAAAUUGCUGAGGUUAAGAACGAUGUGAUGGGUCAGUUUCAUAAUGCCUUGUAUCUCGGCGAUGUUCAAGAACGUGUCAAGAUCUUGGAGAAUGCUGGCCACUUGCCUCUUGCUUAUAUUACAGCUUCUGUCCAUGGGCUGCAGGAUGUUGCUGAACGUUUAGCAGCUGAAUUGGGAGAUAAUGUUCCUUCAUUGCCUGUGGGAAAAGUACACUCUCUAUUGAUGCCCCCUAAACCUGUUAUCUGUGGUGGAGAUUGGUCACUAUUGCGAGUCAUGAAAGGCAUAUUUGAAGGUGGGCUGGACAAUGUUGGUAGGGGUGAUGUGGAUGAGGAGGAAGAGGGUGCUGAUGGUGAUUGGGGAGAAGACCUUGAUAUGGUUGAUGCUGAUGGGUUACAGAAUGGGGAUGUCUCUGCAAUUUUGGAGGAUGGAGAAGAGGCUGAAGGAAAUGAGGAAGAGGGUGGAUGGGACCUUGAAGAUUUAGAUCUUCCUCCUGAGGCAGACACGCCAAGGGUUUCUGUCAAUUCACGAUCUUCUGUUUUCGUGGCUCCAACUCCAGGUAUGCCAGUAAGUCAGAUUUGGACUCAGAGAUCAUCUCUUGCUGCUGAGCAUGCAGCUGCUGGCAACUUUGAUACAGCAAUGCGGUUGCUGAGCAGGCAGCUUGGCAUAAGAAACUUUGCUCCAAUGAAAUCUUUGUUUGUGGAUCUUCACACUGGCAGCCAUACCUAUCUUCGUGCGUCUUCAUCUGCUCCAGUGGUGUCCCUUGCUGUUGAACGUGGAUGGAAUGAGUCAGCUAGUCCUAAUGUGAGGGGUCCUCCAGUACUUGUAUUCAAUUUCUCUCAAUUGGAAGAAAAGCUCAGGGCUGGUUACAAGGCCACAACAGGUGGAAAGUUCAGAGAGGCUAUGCAGCUCUUCCGUAGCAUUCUUCAUACAAUUCCAUUGAUUGUAGUGGAGACAAGGAGGGAAGUUGAUGAAGUUAAGGAGUUGAUUGUUAUUGUCAGGGAGUAUGUUCUAGGUCUUAAAAUGGAGAUUGCAAGGAAGGAAAUCAAAGAUAAUCCAGUGCGACAACAGGAGCUUGCUUCCUACUUCACCCAUUGCAACCUUCAAAUGCCUCACUUGAGACUUGCUUUAUUAAAUGCAAUGACUGUCUGCUACAAGGCAAGGAACCUGGCUACAGCAGCUAACUUUGCAAGACGUCUACUAGAAACAAAUCCAACCAAUGAGAACCAAGCAAGGUCAGCUAGGCAAGUGCUGCAGGCUUCAGAGAGGAAUAUGACUGAUGCCACUCAGCUGAACUAUGACUUCCGAAACCCAUUUGUGGUAUGUGGAGCAACUCAUGUGCCAAUUUACCGAGGACAGAAGGAUGUCUCCUGUCCAUACUGUAGCACUAGAUUUGUACCAAGCCAGGAGGGGCAGUUGUGUGCCGUUUGCGACCUUGCAGUCGUUGGGGCAGAUGCUUCAGGUUUGCUCUGUUCUCCAUAUCAGAUACGAUGAUUGGGCUGCUAAAUGUGGAGCUUCUAUCAAAUUGACCAUAUUUUUGAUAGCAGAGCCAAUCUUUUGUCAAUUGCUAUCAUAUCCCUAUUAGGUGUCAGGUAAGAAUUCUGAAGAAGAGUUGAGAAAUUUAUUUGUUUGUGGUAUCUGCAUUACUUCCUUUGUUCUAUUCCCCUAAAUUAGCUGGUUAUGAUUUCAAAUUUUCAAUGUAUAAACGGUUUGAAAAUUUUGAAUUGGCCACCCUUGUCAUUUGUUCAUUGGCGAGGAUGGCUGAGAGGGCUCUUUUUAAAUUAGAUGAAGAUCAUAGGUAGCACUUAAAUGCCACUGAACAUGUCAAUUUUCAAUUUGCUUAUUUCUGAGGUACUUGUACCUUUGAUUGUUUCUAAUUUGGAAUUGAGGUAGUAGCUUUUUGCAUUUUAAAUAGCUGUAGUGUUUUUAAUUUAUUUUCUUGCUUAGCAAUCUGAAUUCCA